AUGUCUCGGCCAGUGGCUGACGCGGCCGGCACCAGGGCCACCACCACCGUUACGUCGCACACCUACAACUGGGAUGAAUUUCGCCAGUUCCUUGACUCUCAGGGAACUAUGUGGUGCUCCGCGGUGAUUGGCUCUCCCGUGGCUGCUUCACCAAAUACCAUCUUUGAGCUCGCCCCGACUGCGGCACAGGCUGGGCAGGGAAUCAAUUUCCGGCCUCGCCUUGAUGCAUACUACGACAGUGCUGCGCACAAGAUUGUUAUGCUUUUCGAUCUCCCUGGAUUUGAAAAGAAGGAUAUUGCUGUUGAGGUGGAUGACCAUGCUAUCAUCAUCUCAGGGACGCGGAGUGUCCUAGAUGAAAAGGAGCUGUUUGGGCAGAGCGGCCGGGAACUCAUCAAGGAGCGCGCCUUCGGACGUUUCUGCAGGAAAUUCCAGUUGCCGUCUAAUGCAGUUGAAGACGCGGUAACGGCGUCUAUAGCCAACGGCAUCUUGGAAGUCACUGUGGAGACCCGUGAAGCGGACGCUCCCCACACCAAAAAGAAGAUUGAAGUAUCUUAG